CUCUGACCCAAUGAGGUCUCGAGCUGGAAACCACAAACCCUCGCUGACCCCACAGGAGCCAGCGUCUGGCUUCCCUCUGCAGUGGCCACAUGCUGCAGACCCGGAGUGGGUAGUUAGUUGGUUAAUGCCAGUCCUCCUCCCCCGGAAACGGAGUUCUGUCGACAGCCACCACCACCGCCCCCAUCCCCGUUCCCCCCUCCGUCAGAGCUCUACCUUAUACCGCUGGGAGUGGGGCUGGUGUGGAGCCUGGAGGUCACCCACUGCCCUCCCAGGGCUGCUCCAGACAGCAUUAAGACCCUGCAGGGCGCAGGUGAGACUAACAGCUGGGAGAGCUGCACGAGGCAUUUAAGACCUGGCUGGGACAGGUGAGUCAGCCCAGUGGGGGCAGGGCUCCCGGAAGGAGGAUCUACAGUUGGAGUUGCCCCACCCUCAUGUCACCUGAAGAAAAACUGGACCCAAUUCCUGACAGCUUCAUUCUGCAACCGCCAGUCUUCCACCCAGUGGUUCCUUAUGUCACGACAAUUUUUGGAGGCCUGCAUGCAGGCAAGAUGGUCAUGCUGCAAGCAGUGGUCCCUCUAGAUGCACACAGGUUUCAGGUGGACUUCCAGUGUGGCUGCAGCCUGUGUCCCCGGCCAGAUAUCGCCUUCCACUUCAACCCUCGUUUCCAUACCACCAAGCCCCACGUCAUCUGCAACACUCUGCAUGGUGGACGCUGGCAAAGGGAGGCCCGGUGGCCCCACCUGGCCCUGCAGAAAGGCUCCAGCUUCCUCAUCCUCUUUCUCUUUGGGAAUGAGGAAGUGAAGGUGAGUGUGAACGGACAGCACUUUCUCCACUUCCGCUACCGGCUCCCACUGUCUCAUGUAGACACGCUGGGCAUAUUUGGUGACAUCCUGGUAGAGGCUGUUGGAUUCCUGAACAUCAGUCCAUUUGUGGAGGGCAGCAGAGAGUACCCAGCUGGACACCCUUUCCUGCUGAUGAGCCCCAGGCUGGAGGUGCCCUGCUCACAGGCUCUUCCCCAGGGUCUCUGGCCCGGGCAGGUCAUCAUAGUGCGGGCACUGGUCUUGCAAGAGCCAAAGCAUUUCACUCUGAGCCUGAGGGACCAGGCUUCCCGUGCUCCUGUGACACUCAGGGCUUCCUUCACAGACAGAACUCUGGCCUGGAUAUCCCCCUGGGGGCAGAAGAAGCUGAUCUCAGCCCCCUUCCUCUUUUACCCCCAGAGAUUCUUUGAGGUGCUGCUCCUGUGCCAGGAGGGAGGGCUGAAGCUGGCGCUCAAUGGGCAGGGACUGGGGGCCACCAGCGUGAACCAGCAGGCCCUGGAGCAGCUGCGGGAGCUCCGGAUCAGUGGAAGUGUCCAGCUCUACUGUGUCCACUCCUGAGGAGGGUUCCUGGGAAACCCUGACAGAAAACAGGAAGUCCCCCUAGGUCCAUGCGGGUUACAUAGUGACACUCCAAACAGUGACAGAAUUGGGCGCUCCACAAGUGGCUUCCGAACACAGGGACUUCAAGGAUGUGAACAAAGAAGGUCUGCUGGAGCACAGGAACUGAAAUUGACAAGGCAAACAGGGACCCUGGGUCAAGUCUGCUGGCAGUGGAUAUAAGGACCGUGUCCUAAAGAGGUACUGGGAGCAGUGCUUUAAAGAAGUACUGGGAAUGGGAAGUUUUUGCAAUCAGGGUAACAUGGGGCAGACUUUGUCUAUUGAAGAAAAACAUGAUGUGCAGUUGCUUAAAGUGUUGUUGAAACAAACUGGUGCUCAGGUUAGUUGUCAGACACUAACUAAGCUGCUGCAGGAGGUUAUCACGCAUCACCCAUGGUUUCCACAGGCGGGCACUCUUGAUGUGGAAAACUGGGACAGAGCAGAAGGACUAAAAUGGGCUCAUCAAAAAGGUCUUAAAGUUGAUUCUUCUGUUUUCUCCGCUUGGAGUUUACUUCAACUGUACUUCUGCCAUUAUCUCCUUCUUCUUCUGUGGGACAGCAGGCUGAAUCUAAAAAUCUGAAAGAAUCUGUUGUCCUACUCACAGCUCCAGUUGAAAAUUAAAAAAAAAAAAACAGAAGAGGGAGGAUAAAAAUUGGCCUAUACCGCCUCCUCCAGUUGCAGAAACGUCUGUACCGUCUCCUUUGGUAGCAGAAGUAGAGACCGCAGUACAAAGAAUUUUACGCUUUGCUCCCAUAGCCGGAGAGCCCUUAGGAUCUUGUGCUUUUCCUAUUUCUGUAAGGCCUGAUCCAAAUAAUCCACAGCAGGUUAUUCAUGAACACACUCCACUAGAGUGUAAGUUGUUGAAGGAAUUAAAAGUGAAUGUGGUAAAUAAAGGCAAACAGAGCCCGUUCACUUUAGGAUUGCUAGAAUCUGUGUUCGGUGCUAUGCGUCUUUUAUCCUUUGAUGUGAAACACUUGGCGUGAACUUGCUUGUACACUAGUGCACAUCUGACAUGGAAUUUAAAUUUGCAAGAAACGUGUGCAGAUGGAACCGUGUUGCUGGACAUGGAGACAUUACAGAGGAUAUGCUGUUAGGUGAUGGCCCUUAUUCAGACCUGGAACGUCAACUGGCAGUCCCAGACGCUGCUUAUCAGCAGUGUGCACAGGACCCUAAAUGCACCUGGGCCACAAUUCCUGAAGAGAAAGUCCCAGUACCAUCCUUUUUACAUAUAAUGCAAGGGUCACAGGAGCCCUAUGUGCAAAUUCUUGCAAGAUUAUAAGAGGCAGUGAAGCGUCAGAUUCCUCACACCACAGCUGCAGAAAUGCUAACCUUAACUGUAGCUUUUGAGAAUGCAAAUGCAGAUUGUAAACAUGCACUGGCACCAGUGAGGUAUGCAAAAACCUUGGGAAAUUUUCUCUGAGCUUGUCAGGAUGUAGGAACUGAGCUUCAUUGCUCUGCAAUGUUAGCGCAAGUAAUGGCUAAUUUAGCAGGUGGCAAAUCUAAAAGGAGCCAAAGGUCAGACCCUAAAAUGGGAAAAUGUUAUAAUUGUGGAAAAACUGGACAUUUUGAAAAAGGAAUGCCACCAGAUCUCAGGACAGAAAGGACCUUACAAUGCAGUGCCCCACCCAGCUGAAAAAAAAUGUCAGGACUUUGUCCUCGCUGUAACAAAGGAAAUAACUGGGCUAAUCAGUGCUGCUCAAAAUUUUAUCAGAAUGGCACCCCCAUGCUGGGAAAUGAGAAGGGGGCCUGGACCCAGGCCCCACAACAAUGAGGGUGUUCCCAGGCCAGCCCUCAACCCUGUUUCAGGGAUGGGUUCCCAGAGGGACAUUGAUUCCCUCACCCCAGGGACACCAGGAAGUGCAGGAUUAGAUCUACCUGUCAGAGAAUGGGUAACGUUACCUGGGGGAGACCAACCCACCAAGAUUCUCAGUGGCAUUUGGGGACCUUUACCAACAGCAUAUAUGGGACUAAUUUUAGGCAAAAGCCAUCUUAACUUGCAAGGCAUCACUGUAGUCCCAGGAGUAAUUGACUCCGAUUAUGAAGGAGAAAUUCAAGUAGUUUUAAUGUCACAAGAUC